GUUCUGCCAUGUCUAGAGUAGCUUCAAGUAAUCUGUUGGAGGAUCCGUCGCUCGAGCCUGGUGUUGCAUUACAGCGAGCAGUAAACAGGGCAUGGCUAGAACGCGAAGGACGGAAAGCGCGAUACGAGGGCAAGAAAUUAGGAGGAACGAUUCUAGUUCAUUUCAUCAAGAAGAACGAGUGGUGGGAGGAAACUGCAUUAGCCUUGCUGGGUGGUGAUGAAUACGUGUAUUCAAGUGUUCCUCUAUCCCCGGGUCGAACUGGUCAUGAAGUGGUCGAAAAGCCAAGUCGUUCUUCGGAAACCGAGUCCGAGUCGAGUGUGUUGGAGACAGAGACGAUACCUCAGGAGUCGACGCUCGACAUGCUUUCAUCUUAUCUUCUGGUUGCAUUAUCUCUUCUGUGGAGUGUGGCGGCUCAGGUCGAGCCCUCGACGGAUGGCUACAUUAUAAAAUGGCAUCCUGGCCAGGUUAAGCCAGAGAACAGACGAACAUGGAUCGACAACCAACUACGAAAAGCAUCUUUACCUCCUCUUACAGAUGCACAAGUUUCCUCACUGAAGAUCGGUUGGGAAAGCUCUUUUUUCGAUGGAUUUGCAGGAAAUAUUAGUACUGAGGCCGUUAACGCAUUUAUGACCUCUGGAGAUUGCGUAUAUGCUGUUCCAGGUACGUACAAAUAUAGUCAUUCGGCUGUCACGUUAGAUGUUGAACAAUGGGCGACGCCAGAUGUGAAAGCAACCAUCACUACAAUCACCUCACAGACUAAUGCACCAUGGGGACUAGCUCGGAUCAGCCAAAAGGACAAGCUACAAAACACGAAUCCUACCCGAACGGACUUCACUUAUACAUUUGACGAUUCUGCUGGAGAAGGAGUGGACAUUUACAUUUUGGACACAGGUGUCAGAGUGUCUCACAAUCAGUUUAACGGACGUGCUAGCUUUUCACAAACUUUCAGUUCUGGUGCAGAAGGAGUUGAUGUCCAAGGCCACGUAGCAAAGAAAGCCAAUGUCAUUGCCGUUAAAGUUAUGGAUGAUCAAGGAGCCGGGAGAUCGUCAGAUAUCAUUGCUGGAAUCAACUUUGUCAUCAGAACCGUCGCGGACAACAGUCGACCAUCCGUAAUCAACCUCUCUCUAACCACGCCAGGGUCCCGAGCUCUAGAUGAGGCAGUAUCUACGGCUGUUUCGUUUGGCGUCCAUGUCGUAGCCGCUGCUGGAAAUGACAAUGUUGACGCAAGCGCAGACUCUCCGGGGCGUUCAGAAUCAGUCAUCACCGUAGGAGCGAUCGACAUCAAUGAUAGAAAGGCGACUUUUUCCAAUUUCGGGGAAGACGUUGAUAUCUGGGCUCCUGGAGUCGGCAUCAUAUCUUUGGGCGUUACAGGUGACGAUGCGGUCAGAACAUUAGAUGGUACUAGCAUGGCUGCACCAUUUAUCACUGGUCUGGUCGCCUAUUUCCUUGGAUUAAAUGGACCUAUGACACCACUAGCGAUGAAACAAACACUGCGCAGUCUAACAAUCAACGACGUGCUCUCUGGUCUGACGAGAACCGAUAUUAAUGUCCUUGCAUCUAAUG